AUGGCUGAGAGGAAUAACACCUCCGUGGCUAUGUUCAUUCUAUCGGGAUUAAUAGAACAUCCCGAGUUACAGGUCCUCUUGUCUGUGCUGUUCUCCAUCGUCUAUCUCAUCACCAUGUUGGGUAAUUUUGGACUCAUUAUGUUAAUUUGGACUGACUCUCAACUUCACACUCCCAUGUAUUUCUUCCUUGGGAAUUUAGCAUUAGUUGAUGCCUGUUGUUCCUCUGAUGUUACCCCUAACAUGAUAGCAAAUUUCUUAUUUGAGAAAAAAAUUCCUUUUUUUGGGUGUGUAGGGCAGUUAGGGCUUUUUUCAGCCUGUGCUACCACACAGUGCUUCCUCUUGGCAUCAAUGGCAUAUGACCGAUACAUAGCAAUAUGCAACCCUAUGCUUUACACUGUCAAAAUGUCCCAAAAGCUCUGCAUCAGGUUGAUAAUUGGUGCUUAUGGGUGGGUCCUACAUUCUUCUCUGCAUGUGGGUUUUCUUUUUAGAUUAUCCUUUUGUGGGCCCAAUGUAAUCCAUCAUUUCUUUUGUGACAUCAUACCGCUUUUUAAAGUCUCCUGCACAGACCCAACCCUCAAUGAACUAUUGGUUAUCAUCUUCUCUGGCUCAAUUCAGGUCUUCACCAUUCUGACUAUCAUUAUCUCUUAUUCCUAUAUCCUCUGCACCAUCCUGAGAAUGAAAUCUGUAAAGGGAAAACACAGAACCUUCUCUACCUGUGGUGCCCAUCUGGUUUCUGUCACCUUAUUCUUUGGCUCCCUUCUCUUCAUGUAUGUAUGGCCUGGCUCCACUGAAGUAGAGGAUCAGGACAUGAUGGAUUCUCUGUUUUACACUAUUAUAAUCCCUCUGCUAAACCCCUUCAUCUAUAGCUUGAGAAACAAGGAGGUCAUAGGGAUCUUGAGAAAAGUGAUAAGGAGACAAAUAUUUUCUGAGUGA